AUGUAUUUCUUUAGGGAUACGAAACUGCGGGAAUGCUUUGUGAACAGGACAAACACUCUUCGGGAUGAAGAUCCAGGACAUCCAUCUGCUGGCAAUCUCACCUAUUCGUCCUACGAAUGCCUAAUCACACAAACCUACAUCGACUGUCUUCUAGAAAGUAACUACAAGACGUGUAAAGAAGCUGUCAAGCUUGAAAUUGCAAUGCUGUCGCUACUGGCUUAUCGCAAUGGAAGUCACUGCGUGCUCAAUACAGCUACACCCAAGAAACGCCCGGAACCAGGUAAAGACGUUUGA